AUGAUGCCUAGGGAGAGGGACCCGUUGGUCGUUGGACGAGUAAUAGGAGAUGUUCUCGAUAACUUUACCAGGUCUAUAGACCUUAGUGUAUCGUACAACGAUAGGGAAGUCAACAAUGGAUGCGAGCUACGACCCUCUCAGGUUGUUAGCCAACCUAGGGUUGAUAUUGGAGGUGACGACCUCCGUGCCUUUCACACUUUAGUCAUGGUGGAUCCCGAUGCUCCUAGUCCUAGUGACCCUAACCUUAGGGAAUACUUGCAUUGGUUGGUGACUGAUAUUCCAGCGACCACAGGGGCACGUUUCGGUCAAGAAGUUGUGUGCUACGAGAGUCCAAGGCCAUCAAUGGGAAUUCAUCGUAUGGUUUUCGUGUUGUUCCGACAGUUGGGGCGGCAAACCGUCUACGCCCCUGGAUGGCGCCAGAACUUCAACACGAAAGACUUUGCGGAAGCCUACAACCUUGGUUCUCCGGUGGCUGCCGUCUAUUUCAAUUGCCAGCGAGAAAGUGGCUUCGGUGGACGACGGAGAUAA